CUUCCUCACUCUUUCUUCUCCAUUCCAAGACACUUAUACCCACAAGUUUUCUUUCAAUUUAAGGAGGUAAACAAAACAAAAUAGAAUCAAAGUGUAAAUGAUAAAAAAAUUAAAACACAAUCCCAAAUAUUUUCAGCCCUUUUUUUUGCAGAAUACACAACUCCCAUUUUUUUGAAACAAAAAUUCAAUAAGCAAAUGCGAUGAUUCCUACUCUCUAACUUCGAUGCAAGAGGUAACAUAUCGAUGCGUGGAGUUAAAUGUCGGCGUUAAAGAGCCGUAGUAACUCGUUAGCCGGACUAAGUCUAGACGCUAUUCUUGGCGGCGACAUCGUUAUACAACAACCGUCAUCUCCCCCAUCUCCACCACCUUUACCACAAAAAACUAUUGUACCGCACCGUCCUACAAGCCAAACGCUUUUCGAUAUCAUACGUGAGGAAUACGUCAAAGAAGGUCACAAAGAUCGUACCACGUGGCAAAUUUUCCGUGAGAAGCUCCGUCUCAAACGAAGCGGUUCCGCUUGGACCUCGUCUCUUCCUAUCCCUGCUUCGGAUAUCCUUAUCCCUAAUACCAAACACUUUGGAACAGCGUUACGAUCACACCCCGCAGGUUUAACCAACGGUAACAUCCGAGAACUGGUUAACGUACUACCCAUGUCUGAUCCACCUGGUUCUUCAGGACGCGCUAUGUUCACGCGCGGAUCUUCAAUGCGGGUCGGGUCGAUUAAAAACCACCCGGACGAUUCGCCUGACAUCAACGUUUUAGGAGAUGGACCGUCGUCUAGGAGCUUUAAACCGCAGUUAUCACGGCACGACUCCGUUAGAGAUCACAGUGACGUCGAAGAAGAUAACAGACGACGUCCUCCGAUCGUCACGUUCGUGGAAGAGAGGCAGAUGUCGGCGAGAGAAGCGGUUGCGGCUCAAGAAGCGGCGGAAGCGGAAGCUGCGGCGGCUGGUGGAAGCGAAGACGAAGAUGAAGAUGACGACGAUGAAGAGGAAGAAACAGAGGAGAAUAAAUCGUCGUCAGCUUCUGCGCCGAAGCAGACGAUGUCGUUGAUGGAUCUGUUGGAAGAGACAGAUCGACAAAUGGGAUUAACAGGAUCAAGAUACGCCAUGGAUGACGAGGAGGAGUACGAAGAAGAAGAAGACGAUGAGAAUUACGAGGAAGAAGGUGAUGGUCACGGAGGAGGAGAAGGAGAGCUUAGUUGCUGCGCAUGCAUGGUGAAAAUCAAAGGCGCAUCUUUCUCACCUUGUGGUCAUACGUUUUGUAAGCUCUGUUCUAAAGAGCUUAUGGCUCAGAAAGGUCAUUGUCCUGUUUGCAGCAGCUUCGUCGUUGAGUUCCUUGAGAUCUUUUAGAUACAAACUUUUUUGUUUAUUUAAUUUUGAAACUUUUUUUUUUGUUUAAUUGGGAAAAACUGUUACAUCAAAGAAGUCCCAAAUCUUUUAUUAGACC